AUGUCUCAUACUUUGUUGUCCAACAGAAGCUCUUCUCGGAUCUAUCAAGAUCUCAUAUCAUGCCAGCGGCCAAGACGCAACUAUACGGAUGAAAGUACUCAAAAGCUUAUCAUGGAUUCACAUGUAAAGGUAGAUAAAUUCUCUAUUGCAGCAGACAAGCGACGGUUCUAUAAAAAUAAAGCUUGCUGCUCACAAAUGGCAUCACACGCUAAACCAGCCCAGGUCCGACCCAAAGCACAUUCCAAAAAACGGCCGACAGUAUGUAUUGUAGGCGCCGGUAUUUCUGGUCUCCGUUGUGCAGAUAUUCUCCUCAAGCAGGGUUUUGAUGUCAGUAUCCUAGAGGCUAGAGACAGGAUCGGUGGCCGAGUUCACCAAACACCUCUUCUUUCAGGUCAGCUAGUUGACCUUGGAGCAAACUGGAUUCAUGGAACAGACAACAACCCGAUUCUCGACCUCGUCAAGGAGACGAAUACUGCCACGCAUGACUGGGGAGACGGCUUCAAUGUGUUCGACGAGAACGGGAAAUUCUUGGAGAAUGGGAAGUCUUUGAAUGAGACGCUGUGGGGUUUCAUUGUGGAAGCUUUCAAGUACUCGGCUUCAAAUUCCACAACAAUCGACCCAAAGCUGAGCCUCUAUGACUUUUUCGCCGAAAAGAUCCAGGAUAUCUUCCCAGGCUCAGAAGAGGCUAAGCAGAGUAAGACUUUAAUGCAAAUGGCCGAGAUGUGGGGAGCAUUUGUUGGUAGUCCGGUCCAGAAACAGAGCUUGAAGUUUUUCUGGCUGGAGGAAUGCAUAGAUGGAGAAAAUCUCUUCUGUGCGGGUACAUAUCAGAAGGUACUUGCCACGAUAGCAAAGCCUGCUCUGGAUGGCGCUAAGCUCAAGCUCUCGACCAAAGUCACUUCUGUUGCAAGUGGGUUUGAAAAAGUCUCCGUCCAAACAGACAAUGGAUAUAGCCUCGACUUUGAUGAAGUUGUAAUCACCUGUCCACUUGGGUGGCUCAAGAAGAACAAAGCCGUAUUCCAACCCGAGCUGCCCGCACGGUUCACUCAAGCUGCAGACGCCAUAGGUUACGGAUCCUUAGAAAAGGUAUAUGUCACAUUUCCCAGGGCAUUCUGGCUCGGAAGUGCAGACUACCCAGACACAAAACCCUUUACGGGAUUCGCUCAGUGGCUUGCACCCCAAUACGCCAAAGACACGAACCCCAAAGGCUGGAACCAAGAGGUCGUCGACAUGGCCACCCUCCCCAAUUCCUGCGCCCACCCCACCCUCCUAUUCUACCUCUUCGGCGACCAGUCCGAAACAUUUGCCACAGAGCUUACCGCCAGACCAUCACAGAAAGAGCGUGACGAGUACUUAACAAAGUUCUUUAAACCGUACUACUCUCUGCUACCUCAUUACAAUGCGGAGUCAAAAGACUGUGUCCCGGUCCAGUGCCUAGCGACGACCUGGGUAGCGGAUGAUCUCGCCGGAAACGGGAGCUAUACUACCAUGCGGACCGGGCUGGAGGAUGCGGAUAAGCAUAUUGAGGUUAUGAGGGAAGGGCUGCCGGGAAGAGGGGUUUGGUUUGCAGGCGAGCACACUGCUCCAUUUGUUGCGUUGGGGACGGUGACGGGUGCUUAUUGGAGUGGUGAAGCUGUCGCUAAGCGGAUUGCAGGCUCGUACGGAAUGUAUGAAGAUGUCGAUUCCUAG